GCAGCAAGGAAUUGUGAAUAAAAACAAAAGUGAGAUAAAAUUAAGGAAAAAUGCAUUUGCCAUGCCAGCGGCAUGUAAAAGUGUAUGUAAAUUGGCUCUGGAAACAGCGAUUCGAUAAAUGUUGAUAACCGCAGCUAGAGAGACAGAGACGCACACCUGGAACAACCUGUAGUUUUUGUCAUAGGCAGCAUCCACACAAUUAUCAGUCAAGUGUCAUCGUCGCAUUAUGAAGGUGUAUCGCCUGCGUCUGGUCAAAUUGCUGUUGCUUGGUUUUAUACUGGCAAAUAUGAUAUUCUUAUAUUACACAUGGAACACUUUGCUUUGGCGGCGCAUAAGUCGAGCCCUUUCCGGUGCAGGCGAAGAUCCACAGCCAAGAGCAGAAGGAGUACAUGGAGCGAAGCUUUCGCCAAAAGAUAAAGCACGCAAUGCCAACAAACAUAUACGCAAGUCUAUAACAAUUGUAUUCUAUGGACACUACAACUUCGAGCAGGAUUUGCGACCCAGCAUAGAGAGCAUUCUCGAUGUUAUUCCCAACAUGCCCAUACUCGUGCUGCAGGAGGGCUCUCCAGAGUACGCUUACCCACCAGUUUCUUUCGAGCGCAAUUUGACUAACGGCGAGGAGCAGACGGUGCGAUUUAUGAGUUUGGCUUUCGAUGUGCGUCAAACACGUGAGCAACUCAAUCCUCUGGCCGCCAUACGCACCAAAUAUGCUCUGCUAAUGCCGGACAGUGUGCGUGUGAGCAGCAAAAAUCUGCUGCAGAAGAUUCUACGUGAGAUUAACACGAAAUCCCGCAUACAUGAAGUGCUCAAAAAAGAUUCGCAGUCGCAGUCGCAAUCGCAGCAGCAACAACCGCCGCAAGUGCAACGAGUAACAGUGGCGCCGGAGGAGAUUGUGCGCCAUUUACUGUUGGUGCCAUUCGCAGGCAAUCUAAAGUCGUACAGCAGCUGUGCAAAGCUUAACUUGGACCUGCCUAACUGGACUAUGGAGCUAGAGGCACGCAACGACAGCACGCAUUGUGACUUGUUUCUGCAGAAACAUGCGAUUUUGUUAGAUGUUGCAGUUCUCAGCUCAAUGCCGGAGCCCUUUGCCCUGCCGUUUCCGGAAAUGCUCUACAUGCAGGCAAAGAUCGCGAACCUGUCGACGAGCGUCUUUCCGCAAUCCUUUAUGGAGGGUCGUCGUCUCUUUGCUUCCUUCCAUACGAAGCAGCGACGCAUGGAGCUGCGACGUCGCCAGUUCCGUGAGAUGUAUAAGAAACUGCAGAUUAAACGUUUAGUUCGGCGGACACACAGGAUUGGUGGCAAAACCUCAGCGCGUGAAGGCAACUGGCAGCCACACAGUCCAGUAUUCGAUGCGCAGUUUUCCUCCUCGAAUUUCUCUCUGCCUCUGGUCACAGACAUCGAUCUCUUCGGCUGCGAACGUACCACCAAAUCGUGCAUUGGUUCAGUUUAUAACAAUCGUCCGUUCUACUAUUAUCUGGGGAAACAUACCCCGCCCUGUUGUCUGGACAAACUUAAGACCACCUUCAACCAUGUGCUCGAUGAGUUCGAGAACGUGGGCAUACGAUAUUGGCUAGACAACUACGCGCUGAAGAGUGCAGUUGAGACAAAUCAACUUUCGCCCGAUGCCUACGAUAUUGAUAUCAGCUUCAAUGUGCAAGACUUGGAACGCUCAAAUGCCAUGAAAAAAUCACAGAGCAAACCAACUGUAGAUCAUGAGGGCUUCUACUGGAUAAAGGCCACCGAUGGCCACUACUUUCGAGUACAAUUCUCCAAAGUCAAUCAGGUGGGCGUUAAUCUUCUGCCCUACGAAACCAAUGGCAAUGAAGUCCGGGCCAGUGGCUUCUUCGGCUGGAAGGCGGGUACGUUCUCCUCGGACUAUCUGCAUCCUAUGUCGACGGUGCUUUUCCUGGGCAGAAGCAUCAUGUGUCCCAACAAUGUCUUAGAGUAUCUCGAAGCCAAACACAUUAAGGUGAAAUCCGAAGAAAUUGCCAUUGAUGACGAAGAGGAAUAGUUAAAUCUUUAGGAUUUCAUUAUAACACAAUUUUGGGCCAUUAAGUAAAAACAUAUACUCCCUGUAUUCCCCAAAUUUCCUUUCUGUACUAUAUGUGUAAUCGUUGAGGUUAUGAGUUCCUUUUGUUGUUUUUACAUUUAUGUUGGCAGUUAGCCUGGAUAAGUAGCUCUUUAGCUCUCUAGAUCUCUAAG